CUCAUAUUGACGCGUGCAUUCUUCAUUGCAAACAUCCAAAAAUUGAAUUCCGCACAUCACAGCAUAGUUGGAGAGGUUUAGUGCUAAAUAAUACACAUAAAUUUUCAAUUUUCGUUUGGUUUCGUUUCGUCAUUUUGUUCACGUUAAUUGUUAAAUCAUAAAUACAGUGCACUGUCGGCUAGCUUGAUUUCUGUUUUGUUAUCCCGAAUUCAUUUGUUUAUUUGAUGUUAGUAAUUUGCGUUUCUUUUCAAAACCGGCAACGAGCGUAUCGACGAUAAACUAACACCAUACAAGAUCAUAUUUUCCGUUCAGACAUAACACUGGAGUUCGAACAAAAUGUCCAGAAAAUUAUUCAUUUGGAACGAUAGAAAAUGGAGACUAAUUAAUGCAGAGGACGAGUACGAUAAAGUCAAUUUUUUCAUCAUCAAGAUAUUGUUCGUACGAUGGAAGAUGACCCCCGUUGCAAAUGACGAACUCAAUGCCGUUAGAAUCGAGCUCAAUAAAAAAAUUGGCGAAGCAUUUGCACAAUUUGGCAAAAUUGAAGUGGUUCAAACGGUAUGCAAUUGUUCACCAACCGAUCAUGAUGUAUAUGUCACAUUUGAACGCAGCGAAGAUGCGUACAAAGCGUUCAUGCACAAUCGUUUUAAGCAAAAGGUGUCAAACGACUUGGAUUAUGUGAUGCCAAUAGAUACAUGGAAAAUUUCGACGCGACAAACUAAAUUGGAAGAAGUGAAUGCAUUGUCCAAACGAAUUACUGACGUUGAUAAUGAGAAUCCACAAUGCAUAUUCAGAAUUGACAUAACCGGUCGAUUUUUGCUUAAAUUUUUCCGUUCAUUGCUUCGCCUUUGUGCAUUUUCAAUAGAGGGAUUGGAUUUGGCAUACAAAUUAGCGCCUGGCGAUGAAGACUAUGAAGAAUCCUCUUCAUUGGAGUUUUUUCCUGUGGGAGAGGCGAUCAAGGAGGUAGAGAGAGAUGAAAAAGAUGAUGAAGACACCGACGAUGAAACCGAUGCAUCGGAAUGCUCUGUCGAAACAGUCGUCCCCCAAAAUCCCGAACCUGAUGAUUAUUUUGACAUGGAAAUUGAAACAGACAUAUAUGGUGAUGAAUAUGAUGCUAACAUGGAGGACGGAUAUUAUUGUUUGGAAGAUUACGAAUUUGAAAAGAACAUCGCCGAAAUUGUGUGCAACAAAGUUGGUCCAAAAUUUAAAACGUUGACAAUUCGACACGAGUACAUAACACCAUGCAUGUUGGCAUCUUUUGUGCCUGUUUUGCAAAUGUUGCAUACAUUUAAUAUUCAUACGGAGUACAAUGGCAAUCUGUUCUUUGUGUUGCCCGCUUAUUGUCCGCAAGUUAGAAGUUUUCACUUGAAUGGAAUUGAUAUGGAUGGAGAUUUCAACGAAGCGCCCGUUUUAAAAUGGCCAACAUUGCAUGAACUCUAUCUAUGCACAAGCGAUUCCGAUGUUAAAUUUCUUGAAAAAUUUCGAAAAUUCAUUGAACUAAACGACCAACUGGAAGCCUUGCAAGUUGAAUGUGAUCUUGAUAUUCCGACAAUUCAAACCAUCGGCAGAACAUUGAAGAACUUAACGACGUUGGCACUGAUUCGGCGCACGUUUGAAGGAUUGAAUGGCCUACUUGACUCUGUGGUCGGUUUAAGCGAAUUACGUGGCCUUAAAUUAUCGGUGUUGAAAGUUGAAAGGCAUCAUUUGAAUGCUUUAGGAAAAUGUGCUAAACGUCUGUGUCGAAUGCCAAACAUGCAAUUAAAUACAAUUUUUUUGAAUUGUGAAACGGAAACUGAUGAAAAAGAAAAAUUCAAAAAUCUUGAAGAAUUCUCUAUAUCACAUCAUUACAAUUGCAAAUGUCAUGGAACAGAGCGUAUUGUCAUUUUUCAGAAUAAAUGUGUGAAAGUUCCAUUUGACAGUAACGUUUUAGUCUUGAUUGUCAACACAAAAAAACCUAUAAAAACUGCAGACAGAAAACUUGAAGCCGAUAUUAUGGCUGCAUUCCGAAAAACAACCAAAUUCUUCCCAAACACCGUCGAAUACCUUGAAAUGGAGUCCAAAAACAACUACAUCUACAUUCAAGUUGGCAGCGAUAAACCAGAGUAAAAGAUCCGUUGAAUUUAUUAUUUAUCCAAUAAUUUUUCAUAAUUUUUUUUUUAUUUUGUUUGUCUCUGAACGUGCAUAAAAAUCAACAGUGAAUAUACUUUGGUAAAAAAAGUGUCACUAACAUUUAUUCGUACAUUAACAUUUUUCUCGUCUUCACAUAUUUUUUUUCGUCAAAUAAUUUAUUGUAGAGAGAUUUUCGUAUUAUGAACAUUCCACCCAAUACAACUAAAUAUUAUUGAUAAAUUUUAGAAAAUUGUCAAAAACAAAAAAAAAUCCAGUAAAAUCAAAAAUUAAAAAUGAUUCUUUUAGCAACUAACACAGAGGCAAAGUUUUGCUGU